AUGGUGCAAGUGAGAGUGAGUGAGGGCCUGCUAGAGGGAGAGCGAGUGGACAACCCGUACGGAGGUUCCUUCUACAGCUUCAAGGGAAUACCGUAUGCCCAGCCACCUGUAGGAGAUCUGCGGUUCAAGGCACCACAACCUCCGAGAGCUUGGGAUGGAGUUCGUUCCGCCAAGGAAUUCGGACCAAAAUCAUAUCAGAAUGACAUCUUUAUGAAUAUCGGAAGAGUUGGCGAAGAAGAUUGUUUGUACCUGAACGUGUACACGCCAUCAACGAAACCGGACAAGCCUUUACCAGUUAUGUUCUGGAUACAUGGAGGAGGUUUCUUCAGCGGCAGUGGUAACGAUGAUCUUUAUGGGCCAGAGUUACUUGUCAGACACGAUGUCGUCCUUGUCACCUUCAACUAUAGAGUAGAUGUGCUCGGCUUUCUUUGUUUAGACACAGAAGAUGUUCCUGGCAACGCAGGUAUGAAAGACCAGGUACAAGCUCUCAGAUGGGUGAACAAAAACAUUGCUAACUUCGGUGGUGACCCAAAAAAUAUAACCAUAUUUGGUGAAAGUGCUGGUGGUGCUAGUGUCAGUUAUCACUUAAUAUCUCCAAUGUCAAAGGGCUUAUUUAAGAGGGCCAUUGCUCAGAGUGGAGCAUCUACUUGCCCCUGGGCUCUAGCUGUUGAGCCUCGUGAAAGAGCUUUAGCAUUAGCUAGAAGCCUGGGAUUUUAUUCUGAGGAUGAUAAGGAUUUGUAUGAAUUUCUCAAAAAUCAGCCGAUGGAAUCAAUAGUUGGAGUUCCCGUAACGGUGGCAAUGUUUGAAGCAUUGAAGGGUGGAAUUGACAUAAAUUUCACUGUAGUCAACGAAAAGAAAUUUGGAGACAAUGAGAGAUUCUUUUAUGGAGACAUGGUUGAUGCAGUGUCAAAUGGUGUUCAUGAAGGAGUAGAAAUAAUGACGGGGACCACUACAGAAGAAGGUCUCAUUGCUAUGGGAGACCUUGAAGCCACUAAGAAGGUUUUGGAAAUGGCAAAAAUAUUCCCAGAAAUGUUUGUCAAUAAAUCGGAAGCAUUCUAUUUGCCCUUGAAAGAGCAGCUUAAGAUAGGAAAAGAAAUCAGAAAAUUUUAUUUCAAUGACCAGGUGAACAUCCCAGAUGAUUGGGAUAAGUUGAUGAAUUUCCUUUCGAUGCAGUUGUUCAUACACUCGUCAAUGAAAUGGGUAAAAUACUGUGCACAAGCGAAGAAGCACACACUAUACUUGUAUAAAUUUUCUUGUAAAUCAGAGAGGAACGUUAUGGCUGUCUUGAGGGGUCAGGCAGAAAUGUUGGGAAACCGACAAGUUACUUGUCAUGCUGAUGAACUAACGUAUCUAUUUAACCCUAAACUGAUGCCAAAGGUGGACACUGCUUCUGCGACGUUUCAAAUGAUGGAAAGAAUGUUGAAACUUUGGACAAACUUCGCUAAAUAUGGAAACCCAACACCAGACGAUUCCCUGGGCGCUAAGUGGGCACCGUAUACUCUAGAAAACCAAGAAUAUCUGGACAUUGGAAGCGAGCUGAAAGCGGAGACUGCGCCAGAUGCUGAGGAGACACAAUUCUGGGAUAAAUUAUAUGAAAAAUAUGGACUGUGA